CCAGCAGCAACACCAACGCAAAUCCUGUUCUCGUCCCACACACCAAUCAUGCUUAUCACGUUUGGGCUCUUGCUGCUGACCGCGGUUUACAUCGGCAUGGUGCUCGCGCUGCACUACAAAUCUCCCGUCGAAUGCUUAGAGACGAACACGAACACGGGCGUCGACAGCUAUUUCGACGGCAUUUCGGCCGUAGUCGAAUCCGACAGCGGUGCCCCGUGCCAAACGGAAGGCGUCGACAACACGAUCCUCAACUGGGCGUCCGAUUUCUUCCUGGCCUUCUGGACUUUCGUCUUCGCGCUGCACCUGAGCUUCCUGGACCCCAGCAAGCGAGAGGUCCGCAAAUCGGGCAUCCUGGCCCAGGUUUUUAUGGGCGGGGCCUUCCUCAUGGCCGGCCUCGGAAACUGGCUCUUCCCCAACAGCGGAACCGAGGACAACCGCGGGUUGCUGGGCUAUUGGGUGUCCUGGAUUUUUUCCAGGGUCUUUUUCGCGAUCAGCGGGCUGGCCACGGCGCACUUUGCCCUGUGCGCCUCCCUGAACACCGAUCCCAACCUGAAAAACCGUUCGCUCUUGUCCAGGAGCUACGUCCCGCUGGCCGUUUGCGAAACCCUGUUUGUUCUGUCCCUGAGCGGGUUCCUGACCGGAAGCAUCUGGUGUUCCAUCGAGCCCGAGCUGAGGGCCGACGGCGUGAUCGACGCCUUUGGCGAGGCGGGGGUAGUGGUGGCCACCGGCGGCGAGGAAUUCGAGAAGCACGUCUGCUUUCGGAUCGCCAGCGCGUCCGAGGCGGCGAUGAACGCUUCCUACGCCCUCUUGUGGCUGCCGGCGGGAUUCCUGCUGAGGGCGGCGAGCCGAAACAAGCCCGCGGUGGUGAUGGGCCUCCCGACCCCGAUCGCCGCCGUCCUGGCAAUGGUCCUGCAGUGGACGGUCGGUUCGAUGCUGGUGGUGGCCUUUGCGGUCGUGGACGCCCUGGUGGCGAACAAGGCCGGGUAUUUCGAGGCGUGGAACACGGUGUACGGGACGGUCCUCUACCACUGGGGCAUGCUCAUGACCCUCGCCUGCGUCCACAACCUGUCGUACGGGCUGCCCCUGUUCGACGCAAACGAGGACGAGGGCCCGGCCCCGCUCUCCUGGGAAUGGUGGGUCGCGAUGGUGGCCGGGAUGGUCCCGGAACCGACCGAACCACCAGCGAAGAAACCACCCACCGGCGCCAAACCGAGCGGGGACGAACGAGAGGGGUCAUCCGAUGAAGAGAGCGCCUACCACCACGAUGCCUGCGAGGCAUCGGACUCGAAACGAAAGACGGUGUCUUUUGAUGUCGUGAGCACGGAAAUAUCGAUGUAGCAACAAGCAACAAGCAAAGCAACAAGCAACGCAACGCAAUGAAACGCAGUAGUUGGAUUGGAGCCACACGCUGGCACGGCCUUCUCUUCCAAUGCAAUGCCGCAACAACCGCCGAGAACGAUCGGAUCGCGUGCCUUGCGGAGAACACGAGUCCUCGACGUUGCGCGUGUGGUGUGAUCAGUGUCGUCCUAUAUAUAGAGUUAAUAAAAAUUAGAAGUAUCU